AUGAUUAUGCAUAAGUACGAUGGUGUGAAGGAGGGGCCAAAAUGUAAAGAUAUCAUCCAGCUUAUGCGUGGUGAGCAUGGGAUCGAGGUGUACAAGUCUUUAGCGUAUGAUGCGCGUGAGUACACUAUCAAGACAAUGAGAGGUAUUCCAGAAGCAGGUUAUGCAAAGAUUCCCAAAUACUUGCACAUGAUGAAGGAAACUAAUCCUGGAGGCAUUCGAAAAGUUAUAGUUAUCGAUGGGACGUUUUUGAAGAGCAAAUACAAAGGUGUGUUACUGGUUGCUACUGCGUUGGAUGGAAACUCAAAUUUAUAUCCACUUGCAUUUGGAGUUGUCGACUCAGAGAAUGACCGCUCAUGGAACUGGUUUAUGAGACAACUUAAAAUAGUUAUUGCUGACGAGCAGAGUUUAGCUUUUGUCUCUGAUAGGAAUACCUCGCUUGGUAAAGCUAUUGCAAACGUGUACCCUCAAUCUUAUCAUGAGAUCUGCAUUCAUCAUUUACAGAGUAAUGUUGUAACUCAUUACCAUGGGAAAGGUUUGGUUGGUUUGGUUGCAAAGGCUUUUAAAGCUUAUCGAGUUGCUGAUUUUCAGAAAAUCUUUUCAGAUAUUUGCUCGAUUAGUCCUGCGAUUGGAAAAUAUCUAAUAGAAGCUGAUGUGAGAAAGUGGGCUCGCUGUCAAUUUCCAGAUUAUAGGUAUGAUAUGAGGACCAAUAAUCCUGCUGAAUCGAUGAAUUCUGCAUUGCGUACGCCAAGGGAGUUUCCGGUCAUUCAUCUGUUGGACAGCAUAAGAGAAAUGAUGACUCGAUGGUUUUUUGAACGUAGAACUCUAAGCUCUAAGAAUUCUAAGCCACUGACCACAGCUGUGGAGAAGAAGAUUGAUAGAAGGAUCGAGAAGGGAAAGACGUUUACAGUUUACCCGAUUAAUGAUUACCGGUUUCUGGUUCGUGGAGACACAAUUGAAUGUCUCGUUGAUUUGGCAAGACGCACAUGUACUUGUGGAAAAUUCGACUUGUUAAAGAUCCCAUGCAGGCAUGCCAUAAAAGCCGGUUUCAGUGUAGGUAGACGAGCCCACAGUCUGACUGACGAGAAGUAUACGACCUCUUGUUGGAUCUCAGUUUACGAGGAAUGCAUAAAUCCGAUAAGUGCUCCUGAAGAUGCAUGGAUUGUCCCAGAAGAUGUGGAGAAGGCAGAAGUUCUUCCUCCAGAGAGUAGAAGAGCAGCAGGAAGGAGAAAGAAACGAAGAUAUGAGACUGCUGAAGACAAGAUUCGUUCUUCACAAGGAAGUAAUGGUUCGAAAAAACGCAAAUGCAAUAGGUGUGGGAAUACGGGGCACAAUAGGUCGACAUGUGAUAGAGCUUUACUUUGA